AGCUAACUUUGGACAACAUUGGUUACUCUGACCGGCUAGCUACUUUAGCGAAAAAAAAAACAUUGAAAUUCCUGAACAAUAGAGAAACACAUUUCGUUUCCUGGGGGGAAAAAAAUGACGAGGAGAAAUAUCGACCCUUUGUCACUUGAUGAAACCAUUGAUGAGGAGAAGGAGGAGAACGAUGUGGAGAAGAUGAGUGUCUCGGUGUGGGAGCAUCAGGCCCUUGCCCAGAUCCCCGUCAAGGUGCUGAGGGGUCACACAGACGCCAUCACCAGCUGUCACUUCUGCUUUGACGACACCAAAGUCCUGACCAGCUCCCACGACAAGACGGCCACACUAUGGGACACAGAGAGUGGUGCCGCACUAUUGGUGUUUGAGAGAGGACAUCUGUCGAACAUCUCGGAGUGUGCCUUGAUUCCCGACAAGAAAAG